AUGGUCUGCUUCAAACGCGAGAAAGAUAGCAACGGCAAGGGAUCAAUCGUUGCAAAUGAUGGUAACUCCACUGCUGCGAAGGAACCUCAAUCUUCUUCCACACAAGGGUCUAACCUUGCAGCUACCGACAUGUCAGCAUCCAAUCCAGCUCAGCAAUUUUCGUCACAGGUGCUGUUGGCUACUGCGGUAAUCAUUGUCGAGGAUGAUGAUGGUAUACAUAUUCCAGCUCGUGCUCUGUUGGACUCGGGAUCAGAGAGUAAUUUUAUUACGGAGCGGUUGAGUCAACGAUUGAAAGUUAAACGGCAGAGAGUAGAUAUUUCGGUGCUCGGAAUCGGCCAGGCCGGCACUAAGGUCAAGCAGCGGAUUUUAACAACGAUUCGGUCACGAGUUUCCGAUUUUUCACGAGAAAUGAGCUUUCUAGUAUUGCCAAAGGUAACUGUAAAUCUACCUACGGCUACGAUCAACGCAACAGGAUGGGCAAUUCCAAAUGGCGUUCAAUUGGCCGAUCCGUCAUUCUAUGUUUCCAAGGGUGUGGACAUAGUACUCGGCAUUGAAGCCUUUUUCGACUUCUUCAUAACUGGUCAGAAAAUUUCACUUGGUGAGCAAAUGCCAGCUAUAAACGAGUCGGUGUUUGGAUGGGUGGUGUGCGGUGGUCUGUCAGUUCCCAAUCAAUCGCUACAGAUCAACUGUAAUUUAUCUAUGUCGGAUAGCCUAGAUGCGCUACUGGCACGAUUUUUGGACUGUGAAGAAAUAGAAUCGGUGGUAAACUAUUCUCCGGAGGAAGUGCGCUGUGAGGCAUUAUUCGCACAAACGGUCCAACGUGGAACAGAUGGACGGUAUACUGUUUCUCUACCGAAGGACGAAGAAAUUCUUGCACGGAUGGGCAAUUCAAGGGACAUCGCAUUCCGACGGCUCCUGGGAACGGAGCGCAGGUUAGCAAGGAACGCUGACUUGAAGGAACAGUACGUUUCGUUUAUGGACGAGUAUUGUCGUUUGGGACACAUGAAAAAGGUCGAUAUUAAUCCGCACGAUACAAUCAAGCGUUGCUAUCUACCACAUCAUCCGGUGGUUAAGGAGGCAAGCACGACCACAAAGGUUCGAGUGGUCUUUGACGCACCUUGCAAAACUUCGUCGGGCAUCUCGUUGAACGAUGUACUACUGGUGGGGCCGGUAAUUCAAGAGGAUUUACGGUCGAUAAUUAUGCGAUGCAGAACCAAGCAAAUCAUGAUUGUAGCCGACGUCGAAAAAAUGUUUCGGCAAAUAGAUGUCAAACAGGAGGAGAGACAAUGUAUUCUUUGGCGCCCAUCGCCUGCGGAUGAUGUAGCAACGUACGAACUUAAUACGGUAACCUACGGCACCAAACCAGCACCGUUCCUGGCAACGCGCACACUAAAGCAACUGGCGUUAGAUGAAGAAGUUCGAUUUCCGUUGGCAGCCCAGGCCGCUAUCAAGGACACGUACAUGGAUGACGUUUUAACAGGAUCGGAUGACGUUGAAGAAGCGAUCAAGCUACGAAUUCAAUUAGAUGAGAUGAUGUCCAGCGGGGGAUUUCGUCUCAGGAAAUGGGCUUCCAACGCAACUCCAGUUUUGGAUGGAAUCGCUGAAGAAAACUUAGCGAUACGCGAUGCUGAUGGGAUCAACUUGGACCCAGACCCCUCAGUGAAAACUUUGGGACUUACAUGGUUGCCAAAUAUCGAUGUUUUCAGGUUCCAGUUCAAUAUUCCGACGCCUGAUACUUUGGAUGGCUUCUCCAAACGUCGUAUUCUUUCGAUAAUAGCCACACUGUUUGACCCAUUGGGACUCAUAGCAGCCACCAUCACAACCGCCAAGCUGUUCAUGCAGCUUUUAUGGACGCUGAGAGACGAGGAUGGCAACAGGUUAGACUGGGAUCAACCGAUACCACCAACGGUGGGUGAGAAUUGGCGAAAGUUCCACCUCCAGUUACCGUUAUUGAACGAGAUACGAAUUAACCGAAGUGUGAUUCUACCUGGUGCGGUAGCAAUAGAGUUACACUGCUUCUCGGAUGCUUCUGAGAAGGCAUAUGGAGCGUGCAUUUACAUUCGGAGCCAAGAUGCAGAAGGGAAGGUGGCGGUUCGUCUGUUAGCAUCCAAAUCGAGAGUUGCCCCUUUAAAAUGCCAAACGAUACCGAGACUUGAGCUUUGUGGAGCGCUCAUAGCUGCUCAAUUGUAUGAGAAGGUACAGCAGUCUGUUCGAAUCAACUCUCCCGUUUUCUUCUGGACAGAUUCCACUUGUGUGUUGCGGUGGAUUAAAGCGGUACCAUCUACGUGGAUCACGUUUAUUGCCAACAGGGUGGCGAAAAUACAAAACCUAACGGAACAUGGGGAAUGGCGUCAUGUUCCCGGAAUACAUAAUCCUGCUGAUUUGAUCUCCAGGGGAAUUUCCUCACAAGAUAUUAUAAAUAACGAAUCCUGGUGGAAUGGUCCAUCCUGGUUGGCAGAAGCUCGUGAUCAGUGGCCCCAGUAUCCUGGCGAUUUGAAUAGCGAGGAGGAAGAAGAGGAAAGGCGUCGUACGGUGAUUGCAGCUCCAGCUUCAUCAGUGACAGAAUUCAACGAUUGGUAUAUCAGUAAAUUUUCGUCAUAUUCGGAAAUGGUACGACGGACAGCAAUUUGGUUGCGACUAAUGAAGUUACUGCGCACGUCGAAGGAAGACCGUCGAUCAGGGUUUCUCACUAGCAUCGAGCUACAGGAAGCAGAAUGUGUUUUAGUCCGCCGUGUGCAGUUAGAGGCUUUCUCCAAGGAGUGGAAGGCACUAUCAAAGGGCGAGCCGGUACCAGGUCAAUCACCGUUACGGUGGUACAAUCCAAUCAUCACCGAAGAUCGUCUCAUCAGGUUGGGUGGAAGAUUAAGGCACUCCAAGGAAUCAGAAGAGACUAAACACCCCAUGGCACUCCCAGCUCGCCAUCGCUUCACUCGCAUGUUGCUGCAACACUAUCAUGAGCGGUUACUUCAUGCUGGACCUCAACUGCUUUUGAGCGUCGUUAAACUCCGCUUCUGGCCUUUGCGUGGGAGAGAUAUGGCAAGGCAGAUAGUGCACAAGUGCCAGAGAUGCUUUAGAUCGAAACCUACACCCGUGAAGCAGUUCAUGGGAGAACUACCGGAGGCUCGGGUGACAGUCUCUCGCCCAUUCUCAAAAACGGGGGUAGACUACUUUGGACCAAUUUAUUUAAGACCUGUUCCCAGGCGAACGGCGGUGAAGGCGUACGUCGCAAUUUUCAUCUGUCUAUGCACAAAGGCAGUGCACAUGGAGCUCGUUUCGGACCUCUCUACCGACCGGUUCCUGCAAGCACUUCGUAGGUUUGUGGCAAGGAGGGGCAGAUGCACCGACCUUUAUUCCGACAAUGGUACCAAUUUCGUCGGAGCACGAAACAAACUACUGGAGUUCUUGGAGUUACAAAAUAGCAAGCAACACCGGGACAAGGUGUCCAAGUUCUGUGCGGACGAAGGCAUGCGGUGGCAUUUCAGCCCUCCAAGUGCCCCGCAUUUCGGAGGACUGUGGGAAGCAGCAGUCCGUUCGGCCAAGCAUCAUAUUCUGCGAGUUCUUGGAAAUAAUCCAGUCACGCCGGAGGAUAUGAACACGUUGCUGAUUCAGGUGGAAGGAUGCUUGAAUUCCAGACCAAUUACAGCUCUUUCUACUGACCCAAACGAUCUGGAACCAUUGACACCGGCACAUUUUUUGGUAGGAACGUCAUUACAGUCCAUUCCUGAACCCGAAUACGAAGACAUCCAAACAAACCGUCUGAACCGAUGGCAGCUGAUGCAGCGAAACCUUCAAGAUUUCUGGACGAGAUGGCGAAGGGAGUAUUUGUCUCAGCUCCAAUCUCGAAUAAAACGUUGGCGCCCGCCGAUACAAGUGGAAGUGGGAAAGCUUGUUAUCAUACAGGACGAUAAUCAACCUCCCCUACGCUGGAAGAUGGGAAGAAUACAAGCCAUCCAUCCUGGAGACGACGGGGUCGUGCGGGUGGUGACACUAAAAACAGCCACCGGCAUGCUGAUUCGACCAGUUGAGAAAAUAUGCAUCUUACCUGCAGCAGAAUUCGUCGACGAUGCCGAGUCAGGUGAUCAUCAAGAUUAA